AUAUCAUGUGCAGUGACGCAUUAUUGGCUCCACCCACAAUGCAACGAAGACAAGGGAACCUCCAGACAAGAGGACCAAAAGCUCUACUAUAAAAUUGGCAUUACACCGGUGAUUAUUUCAUUCUGAGGACACCGAUUCAGCGAAACUUUUUAACUCGAGAUUUUUUAAAGUAGACGGAAUUCGACAGCGAUUUUUAGAGGUUUGGAUUAUAUCUUGUCAGCUAUAUUUCCAGCCAUUCUCCUCGUCGGGGAAAAAGCGACGCCCUCAGGCCGCCGGCGGUACUGCAGGUGCCGGUGAGUUGUAAGUGAGACACUGGGAGUCUGAAUAAUUUAACGGUGGAAAAUGAGCUCAGAGGAAGCGGCAGCUCCGACCAAAACCAGCACAGAUGAGGAUGGCAUGUCCUGGUGGUACCGCUGGAUCUGCAAACUGGCUGGUGUUCUGGGUGGCAUAUCAUGUGCAACGAUGGGUGUUUGGAAUUGUGUGACUGUGAAUCCGUUAAACAUCGCGGCUGGAGUUUGGAUGGUGUUGACGGCGUGUGUGUUGUUCCUGUGCGAGGUGCCGUUCUGUUGUCAGUUCGUUGAGUUUGCAAAUGUAGUUGCGGCGCGUGCCGACCGCCUGAAGCCCUGGCAGAAAGCCCUGUUUUACUGCGGGAUGGCGCUGUUUCCCGUCUUUCUGAAGUUUUCCAUAACAACUCUGUUUGGUAAUGCCAUUGCUUUUGCUACCGGAGUGCUGUACGGACUCGCCUCGCUUGGGAAGAAAGGUGACGCGGUGAGUUACGCUCGAUUGCAGCACCAAAAACAGGGCGACGAAGAGAAACUGACAGGAACGACAGAUGGUUCUGUGCCGUGAAUCUCUUCUCUCCACCCCCUUCACCACCUCAUUGCGUCCUUUCCCUCUUGUUUUCCCUUAAAAAUAAGAUGCAUUACCUGACUGAGGUGUUUCACGGUUUGUUGGGAUGUAUUUAAGCUAACCUUUGAUGACUGACAGACGAGUCAAUCAGUGGAAAUCAGUUCUAUGGUUUGUUUGUGUAGGAUUUAUUUAAUAAAAUGGGUUUUAAGUGAA